UUCAGUGGUGCCAUGUUCCAUGAGAAUUUUCGUACAAGAUGCCACGCUGAGCCCUUGGAACCAAAUGCCGAAGAGGGUCAGAGCUACGGAGAGGGUCCCCCUCUCCCCACACCACACACCGUUCGGCAGGCGGAAGUUGAUCGUUUGUUCGCUUCCUGCUUCUCCGUGUUCAACUGCCCCUGCUGCUGCCAACGAAGAAGCGGAAAGCGCCCAAGGGCUCACGCACGUUAACGAUGAAGGCUUUCUUCGGCAUUACAUUACUACUCGCGGCCUCCCCUCCCUCUCUGGGCGCCGCCAGCAACGAGGAACACCAACCUACUCAUCCUCUCCUGAGCGGGAGCGUAUGCAGGGUCAGAGACUCUCUGGACUUUCUAAGCCCGACCGAGCGUGCCAAGGUUACCCUCCAGAAGCGGGUUGACACGGCGAAGGAAGAGUUCCAGGUCGGCCCCACCUGCCACAUCACCAACGGAGACGAGACCAACGUUCCGGACUUCAUCGGCCAGUUCCACAAGUCGCUCCCUCACGACGAGUUCGGGACGGUGAGCAAGACGUCCUACCAGAAACUUCUCGACUGCGUCUUCUCGGCAGAUGUGAACGUUUGCGACCAGGUGCCCUCGGGGGCCAGCGCCAGGGGGGCCAAGAUGAUAAACCCGCUCGGUGGCACCGCACACCAGGUCGACGGCGCUGACAGCGACAACGUCUUCAUCACCACGCCCGACGGCGUGUUGUCCGAAGAACUGGCCGCGCAAAUGGUCGAGGUGUACUGGAUGGCCCUCACUCGAGACAUCCCUUUCAGCGAAUUCGCGACGAAUUCCCUCGUCCGCGCCGCUGCAGAAAACCUCGAGAGGCUCCCGGCGUUCAAAGGCCUCAACAUCCCCAAGAGCGCGGGUGGAAAGAUCGAUCCGAUGCAGGACCUGUUCCGAACGGAUUGGCCCGGCGUGACGGUCGGCCCCGUGGUCUCGCAACUCCUUCUCUCGGACUUCGCGAUCGACAACAUUAUCGUACCGCCGAAGCAGGUCACCCUGGUCAAGGAGAUGGACUACAUGACUACCUUCCAGGACUGGCUUGAUGUUCAGAACGGCGCCUCCAAGGUCAAGACGGAGUUCGUCGACGAGGACAAGCCGCUCUUCAUCCGGAACGGCCGCGACCUGGCCGCGCUCGCCUUCACCGACCGCCUCUACACCGAGGCGUUCCGCGCCGCAUUGGUUAUGUUCCGCCAGGGCAUCCUCUCCAGCGCCGAGGGCCCGUACUCCGCCUCCGAGCGGCAGGUCGGCUUCGCCACCUUCGGGGAGCCGCAUAUCCUCACCUCCCUCGCGGCCUCCAGCUCCUCCACUCGGCACGCGUGGUACGCCAAGUGGCAAGUGCACCGCGUGCUAAGGCCCGAGGCGUACGGGGGCCUGGUACACAACACGCUCACCGGUCGACUGCACACAUCCCUGCCCAAGACUAUCCUCCAGAACACGGAGCUGCUGAACCGAGUCAAGACGCAUAACGCCAAAUGCAACGGCGACGGCAAGGGGGGGCACGGAGACGGGACGUACCUGCUCCCCAUGGCCGUCGCCGAGGGGUCACCCGUUCACCCGGCCUACCCAAGCGGACACGCGAUCAAUCUUGGUGCCUACAUCACCACGCUCAAGGCGUUCCUCGGCUUCGAGCUCGGACAGAGGUGCUACCUUGGGGACUUAGUGGUGUCCAACGACGAAGGCACCAAGCGCAUCGAGUACGUCCCGCGCAAGGGAGAAACGUGCAUCGAUCAGAACGGGAGGGAGGUCCAGGGACUCACGUACGAGGGCGAGCUCAACAAGGUGGCGUCCAACGUGAUCAUCGGCAGGUCUCACAUCGGCGUACACUACCGGAUGGACGGCGUGUACGGCGCCCUGAUGGGCGAGACUAGCGCUGUCCGCCGGCUGCAGCAGGAACUGCCCAACCUAUCGGAGGCCCGUGACACCAAGGGCAGCAUCCCGCCGGCCUCGUACAAGUUCCGCCUGUACAGCGGGACAGUUCUGGAGCUGCUCGCCAAGGACAUCUUCAAGCUAGACGGGCGGACGUGCAAGGGUCUUUACACAGGAGACGACUUCUGUGAUGAGCACCAUGAAGGCGGCCACAAUCUGGAGCACCUCGUGAAAAAGGGUGGUGACUUUUCUUUCCACACCGAGCUCUGAGCUCCAAUGGAUGAAGACGGGGUUUCGACGCGACCCUGAAAGGAUAAAGCUGUUACAGGGUGCCACGGUAGCUCAAAGAGCGUGCCAAAAACCGUUUGUAAGGAGAUGGGCGUGUGAAUAUGCUGUAGUGAACACCGGAGCACCGCGACAGCGGCCCAGAAACAGAAUACGGCACCAUGUCGGCAUCACUAUACACGUUCUGCCAGCAUAUACACGUACGGCUAGGUAGUUCAGGUAUGCCUUGACUGUCGUAUGCUGUCUGCGCUACAUCCUGUUGUAGUCGUGGGGGGGAAUUGGAUGGCAUACUGUAAGUAUCCAGUUCUCAGUAUGUUGGAGGCCUGGGUGAUGGCCAGUGGGGGGAACCACACGUGCCGUACCAAGUACGGUGUCAUCGCCGACGUAAUUAUAUCAUUGUGGCGGCAGUAGUGUUGUCAGCGGAUCCGAGGGAAAGCAUUUGUGACGGUCUCCACUCUAAGCCGAACCUCAUACACCCACACCGGCGCAUGUUUUCGCGUGCAGCCUUCGCUUGCCGGUGCAUCGCCGGCGUGCUGACGCACUUGUAAGAAAUCACCCCUUCGAUGGCCAGAAAAUAGUAGCAUCCGCAAUGAUUGUGGCUUAGGGUUCUUGUCUUCACCAAGGAUAUGGUGCAUCCGCGCUGAUGGAGUAGGUGAAAGUGGUUCUGGAAUGGAAUGAAUGUAGAGUGAAACAAUGUGAACGUGUGGGAUGAAUGUCGAGUGAAAACAUGUGGGGUCCCGCACGGGUGGAGUUGAAUUCGGUUGCUAUUGUUGUAUAAAAGUUGGCAAGAAUUUUUCAGCCAUCUCCAGGGGGGGAAGUAAACGAUUCAGGAAAAUCUUGAGGGAAAAUGGAAUCACACUUGGGUGGUGGAGUCGGCUUGCUUGUUGUCAAAAACAUGAUUCUAAAUGAUUCAGCCGGCUUCUGGUGAAAGAUUGUGGUGUCGAAUGAAUCUCGAGUCGAACUGGGUCACGUGGACAAUAGAGUGAAACGAUCUUCGAAAAUUGUGAUCAAGGCCAACUAUGAAAGUUCUUUCCGGUUCACAUGCAGCGAACAGCUUUUGUCAAACUAGUGACGCCGUCGACAAGACGUGGCCAAAUAGGACGCGCACCAUACAUGGCGGAUCACGGGGCAUUGGGUUUUGAUGUAGUUUAUCUCCUUGUUGAUACAAUAUCGCAGCUUCCAACGUUGCUCAUCUCUCGUUGCAGUCUCGGCACACGGUGUGUUCGGUAGAAGUAGGGCUUGGAGUCUAUCGCUUGAUGUAUUGUAAAUCUUGAUACAAGGGUGGAUGGCGGAAUAUUGAGACGCCGAUGGGAGGAACGAUGCUGGUUGCCAGUGAAAGUUUUUUCUCAAGACUUUUGAGUAUCACAAACAGUUUUUUUUACAACAGCUUUCCACAAGCCCCAUUCACCACGCGUCGUCUCUCAUGAAAAGAACGUGGACGUCAACAUUGCAGUGUCGGCUACCUUCGUUGAGAGAGCUUUCGAAUGGGCCGCAGAACCCGGCGCUAUGCGUUUCACCCCACCUUGCGGCCGAGGAGAAACGCACGGUACGGACUGGAGCGCAUCCCCCGUUGUCCUUGAUCC